AUGGAGAUGAAAUUCGCAAUAGCUUUAAUAGCAAUCGUGGCAGCAGCCAGUGCAUGGAAAGUACCGAACCUUGGUAGAGGCGAACUUUACAAGGAUCUUCAAGAAUUUGUAGACUUGGUUCCAACCGAAAAGUUGGUACAACUUCUUGUGCAAUAUGCCGCCGAAGAUGCCGAAGUACAGAAAGGCCUACAAUACGUGCAAACCGAUGACUUUAAACAAUUGGUACAAGAAAAUGAACAAAUACCCGAAGUAAUGGCCUUUUACAACUACGUAUACAACGCUGGAGUCGACAUUUACUACCUAUUAAAUCGUUUACACGAUUACAUUCACCUUCCAAAAUUGACGCCACCAUCGUCAUACUAUGGAAUCACUGGUGGAUACAAGGGUCUCGUCGCCGACGUCAAGGCACUCAUGCCAAAUGAUCAAUUGAAAGUUCUUUACCAGAAAAAAUUGCAAUCCUCGUCGGCUUUCAAAGAACUCGUCCAACAUCUUUCCUCUAAAGAAUUCCAAACCAUUGUCAACACUCUUUACGCCAACCAACGCUUCCAACACAUUCUUAAGAGAGCCAAUGAAUCUGGUCUCGAUAUCAAUGCCGUCAGAGAAGUUAUCCAAACCGUUCUUGGACUUAAUAUUCCCAAAUACCCAGACCUAUAA